AGCUGAAGAAAGAGGCCCGAGUUCCCAAUUGAAAUUCCGAGUUGGAUGACCGUUCAAAUCAAUUUUUUUCAGUCUGAGCUCUUUUUUUUCUGAGGUCCCAGUUGUUUUAACGCACUGAAGUCGGAAGUCUGAGAUUUCCGAGUUCUCAGUUGUUUGAACGCGGCAUUAGUCUAUUGAAAAAUCUGAAGCUUUGACGUCACACCACAAUUUUCCCCAGGCGGAUUAAAGAUGGCGCCGCAUCAUGUUCUAAGGUGCUGUCAGCGGAGUUUAUCUUGGAUACCUGUUAUUUUCAUAAACCUUGUCGUUGGCUGGUCUUAUUAUGCGUACGUCGUUGAACUCUGUAUCUUAACAAUCCCAAAUAAUGCAGAAAAAAUAUCAUACCUAGUUGUCUUUCACCUGUUCUUCAUUAUGUUCAUCUGGUCCUACUGGAAGACUAUCUGCAGCAGGCCCGCCAACCCCUCUAAAGAGUUCUGUCUGCCCAAAGUGGAGAAGGAGCGGUAUGAGAAGGAGGAACAUCCAGACACUCAGCAGGAGAUCCUGAAGAAGGUGGUGGUAGGAUUGCCUGUCUAUACACGCACUGGGACAGGAGCCGUCCGGUACUGUGACAACUGUCUGGUGAUCAAACCCGACCGCUGCCACCACUGCUCCACCUGUGACAUGUGUGUACUGAAGAUGGACCAUCACUGUCCAUGGGUGAAUAACUGUGUUGGAUUUUCAAACUACAAGUUCUUUGUCUUGUUUCUGGCCUACUCCAUGCUAUAUUGUGCAUUCAUUGCCGCUACCGUCCUGCAGUAUUUCAUCAAAUUCUGGACACUUUGCCGAUGGAGAUCUGUUGGGGAUUGUCCUCAGAAUCAGCUGCCUGACACUCACGCCAAAUUCCACGUGUUGUUUCUGUUUUUUGUGGCGGCCAUGUUCUUCAUCAGCAUCCUGUCGCUUUUCAGCUACCAUCUCUGGCUUGUGGGAAAGAACAGGACCACCAUAGAGGCUUUCAGGGCUCCUGUCUUCAGAAAUGGCCCAGACAAGAAUGGCUUCUCUCUGGGAUUCAGUAGGAACAUGGCUGAGGUCUUUGGAGACCAGAAGAAGUACUGGAUGUUUCCCAUCUACACCAGUCACGGUGAUGGUAACAGUUUUGUCACCCGGUUGGUGAACUUAGAUCCUGAGCAGAUAGCUGUGGGCCUCCAGAUCAACGGCAAAAGCUCUGUAGAUGGUCCUGCAAGCCCCAAGCAUGUCCUUGGCGACACCAUCAACCACAUUGAGGAUCAUCAGGAUGGCAGCUUCGACAAAACUGACGUAGCCGAGACGGUCACAGUCACCAUAGAGAGCGAGUCAUAGACAGGUAAGCCUAUGGAUGACUCCCGCUGAAGUGUGCGCGUUUCCUACAGAGCUUAGAGAGGAAACUGAUGACCGUCCAUGAUCUUUGAUUACCAGUCGGCUCAAAACUGCCAAGAGACAACUGAGCCAUCAACUGUGAUGCUUUACAGCCAGCAGAAUCUGUCUAAACAAAAAACACCCCUUAUCACCUGCAGCACCCCUACUACCAUGGACAAAUGUCAAGUAACAGCUCUUGUAUGGACAUAUUUUCUAUUGCCAUUCUUACAUCCACCAAACAGCAUUCCUGGUAUGAUGGACACAACCUGGACAGUCAUGGACGCUACAUCAGCCAUCCAAGUCCUCACCAAGCGCAUACUCUCUGACACUUCAUCUUUGUUUUUAACCAAAGCUUUUUUUUGUAACUACGAUUAAUCUCUGGGACUACUCUGUUAUUCAAGCCAAAAAAAAAGGACUCUUUGCACUAGGUUAGGUUAUUUCAGGAAAAGUGCAGGAAAAUAAUUGCUUUACACUUAUACACCUCAGUCGAAUUAGUAUUCACUUUCUUUAUUGGAAAAAAGGAAGGGAGUUUACUGUUUCUUACCCCAGAAACUCAGUUACUGGUUUUGAUUGGGUUAAGCCCAGGGAAUACAAUGUUCAGGGCCUCAAGACGCAUCGUCUUCGUUGAAUGUAGUGUGUGUGUGUACUGUAUGCACUGAAUGCACUUUACAUUUGAACCCUGUGGAGGGCGCUAAGCAUAUCCAUUGAUUUCAACAGGCCAUACAGUCUUACAGGUGGUUUGCAUGAAAUAAGGCUUUGUAGGACCCUAUGCCAAAUCCUUUCCUGCUCAACAUCAUCGUAACUUAAAGCUAGAACACUUCGUUUUUGGCAUUAUAAAUUAAUGAUAUAUAUCCAUUGAUUCUUGAAUAUAACCUAUAAAUGAUUCGUGAGCUUAGUUCAACUGUCAUACCCCUACAGAUUCUUUACUAUGUUUGUAAACAACGUAAAUGUAAACUCUUACAUUUAGCUUCAGAAAAUGGUUAAAACUAUCCUUUUUAUAUUUUUGACUAAGUCCUUGCAUCCAUAGCUCUGUCUAUGAAUUUGAGUGGUUACAUUUCUCCAGGCCCAUCCCUCUGCUUUUUACCAAAACAGAGGCGGGGUAACACUUUGUCAUUGUUUCAACUGCUGAUUCUAGUUUUUAAAUGUGCCUUCAGUUGUUCAGAUUUUUUUUGUUCUGUCGUAUGGAAGGACAAAGGUUAAGUACAGUGCCAUAGUAAAUGGUUCACCUUAGCGUGGUGUAAUUACUUUAACAUUUCUGUUUGCAAUUUUAAACUGUUCAUUUUUGCUAAUACACAUUUGAAGUGUCAUGACCCUAAUGACGCAGGGCCAAAUCCUAACUCUAGAUGCAUGUUUUGCAAAAUUGUGAUCUACAGUACUGGUCAAAAGUUUGGACACACCUACUCAUUCCAGGGUUUUUCUUUAUUUUUACUAUUUUCUACAUUGUAGAACAACAGUGAAGAUAUCAAAACUAUGAAAUAACACAUGGAAUCAUGUAAUAACCAAAAGUUUUAAACAAAUCAAAAUAUAUUUCAGAUUCUUCAAAGUAGCCACCCAUUGCCUUGACAGCUUUGCACACACUUGGCAUUUUCUCAACCAGCUUCAUGAGGAAUGCUUUUCCAACAGUCUUGAAGGAGUUCCCACGUAUGAUGGGCACUUGUUGGCUGCUUUUCCUUCACUCUGCGGUCCAACUCAUCCCAAACGGGUUGAGGUCGGGUGAUUGUGGAGGCCAAGUCAUCUGAUGCAGCACUCCAUCACUCUCCUUGGUCAAAUAGCCCCCACAGCCUGGAGGUGUGUUUUGGGUCAUUGUCCUGUUGAAAAACAAAUUAUAGUCACAAUAUGCGCAAACCAGAUGGUAUGGCGUAUAGCUGCAGACUGCUGUGGUAGCCAUGCUGGUUAAGUGUGCCUUGAAUUUUAAAAUCACUGAAAGUGUCACCAGCAAAGCACCAUCACACCACCUAUAUGCUUCACUGUGUGAACCACACAUGCAAAGAUCAUCCGUUCACCUACCCUGCGUCUCACAAAGACAUGGCGGUUGGAACCAAAAAUCUCACAUUUGGACUCAUCAGACCAAAGGACAGAUUUCCACCAGUCUAAAGUCCAUUGCUUGUUAUUCUUGGCCCUAGCAAGUCUCCUUAAUGGUGUCCUUUAGUAGUGGUUUCUUUGCAUCAAUUUGACCAUGAAGACCUGAUUUCACGCAGUCUCUGAACAGUUGAUUUUGAAAUGAGUCUUACUUGAACACUGAAGUGUUUUUUUGGGCUGAAAUUUCUGAAGCUGGUAACUCUAAUGAACUUAUCCUCUGCAGCAGAGGUAACUCUGUGUUUUCCUUUCCUAUUGCGGUCCUCAUGAGAGCCAGUUUCAUCAUAGCGCUUGAUGGUUUUUGCGACUGCACUUGAAGAAACUUUUGAAGUUCUUAAUUUUCUGCAUUGACUGACCUUCACUUCUUAAAGUAAUGGACUGUUUCUCUUUGCUUAUUUGAGCUGUUCUUGCCAUUAAUAUAGACUGGGUAUUUUACCAAAUAGGGCUAUCUUCUGUAUACCCCUCUACCUUGUCACAACAACUGAUUGGCUCAAACUCAUUAAGAAAGAAAGAGAAAUUCCACAAAUUAGCUUUUAACGAGGCACACCUGUUAAUUGAAAUGCAUUCCAGGUGACUACCUCACAAAGCUGGUUGAGAGAAUUCAUGAGUGUGCAAAGCUGUCAAGGCAAAGGGUGGCUACUUUGGAGAAUCUCAAAUAUAAAAUAUUUUGAUUUGUUUAACUUUGGUUACUACAUGAUUCCAUAUGUUAUUUCAUAGUUUGUUUUCACUAGUCUGCAAUGUUGAAAAUAGCAACAACAAAAUCACUUGAGUGAGUAGGUGUGUCAACUUUUGACUGGUACUCUGUGACAAGUUUAUCACUCAUCUCAAGAAUUUGGUUGGGACUCAACACGCAGUGCAUUCGGAAAGUUUUCAGAACCCUUUACUUUUUCCACAUUUUGUUACAUUACACCCUUUGUUCUAAAAUUGAUUUGUCAUUUCUUCCCCCCUCAGUCUACACACAAUACCCCAUAUUCACAAAGCAAAAACUGGUUUCAAGACAUUUCUGCACAUGUAUAAAAAAUGUAAAUGAAAUCACAUGAACAUAAGUAUUCAGACCCUUUACUCAGUACUUUGUUGAAGCACUUUUGUAAUUGCUGCAAGUCUCGAGUCUUCAUGGGUAUGACGCUACAAGCUUGGCACACCUGUAUUUGGGGAGUUUCUCCCGUUCUCUUCUGCAGAUCCUCUCAAACUCUGUCAGGUUGGCUUGGGAGCGUCACUGCACAGCUAUUUACAGGUCUCUCCAGAGAUGUUAGAUUGUGUUCAAGUCACGGCACUGGCUGGGCCACUCAAGGACAUUCAGAGACUUGUCCCGAAGCCACACCUGCGUUGUCUUGGCUGUGUGCUUAGUUAGGGUCAUUGUCCUGUUGGAAGGAACUUUAUAUAUAUAUAUAUAUAUAUAUAUAUAUAUAUAUAUAUAUAUAUAUAUAUAUAUAUAUUUCACCUUUUUAUUUAACCAGGUAGGGUAAAUGAGAACUUCUCAACUGAUAUCUAUGAGGGUGCCCGUGUUUACGGAUUUGGGGUUGUACCUGGUGGGUUCAUUGAUCAUUUGUGUGAGAUUUAGGGCAUCAAGCUUAGAUUGUAGGAUGGCCGGGGUGUUAAGCAUGUCCCAGUUUAGGUCACCUAGCAGCACGAGCUCUGAAGAUAGAUGGGGGGCCAAUCAAUUCACAUAUGGUGUCCAGGGUACAGCUGGGGGCAGAGGGAGGUCAAUAGCAAGCGGCAACAGUGAGAGACUUGUUUCUGGAAAGGUGAAUUUUUAAAAGUAGAAGCUCAUUGUUUGGAUAGGGACCUGGCUAGUAAGAACUCUGCAGUAUAUUGCAACACCACCCCCUUUGGCAGUUCUAUCUUGUCGCAAGAUGUUGUAGUUAGGGUUGGAAAUUUCAGGGGUUUUGGUGGUCUUCCUAAGCCAGGAUUCAGAUGGCUAGGACAUCCGGGUUGGCAGAGUGUGUUAAAGCAGUGAAUAAAACAAAUUUAGGGAGUACUCCAUUCAUCUUUCCCUCAAUCCUGACUUGUCUCCCUGUCACUGUAAAACAUCCCCACAGCAUGAUGAUGCCACCUCCAUGCUUCACCAUAGGGAUGGUGCCAGGUCUCCUCCUGAGGUGACGCUUGGCAUUCAGGCCCAAAUAGUUAAAUCUUGGUUUUGGUGGUUCCAAACUUCUUCCAUUUAAGAAUAAUGGCUGCCACUGUGUUCUUGGGGGGGACCUUCAAUGCUGCAGAAAUGUUUUGGUACCCUUCUCCAGGUCUGUGAAUCGACACAAUCCUCUCUCAGAGCUCUACAGACAAUUCCUUCAAUGUCAUGGCUUGGUUUUUGCUCUGACAUGCAGUGUCAACUGUGGGACCUUUUUAUAUACGUAGGUGUGUGCCUUUCCAAAUCAUGUCCAAUCAAUUGAAUUGACCACAGGUGGACUCCAAGUUGUAGAAACAUCUCAAGGAUGAUCAAUGGAAACAAGAUGCACCUGAACUCCAUUUCCAGUCUCCUAACAAAGGGUCUGAAUACUUAUGUAAAUAAGGUAUUUGUUUUUAUCCAUUUUAGAAUAAGGCUGUAAUGUAACAAAAUGUGAAAAAGGGGGAAGGGUUCUGAUUACUUCCCGAAUGCACUGUAUACAGUGAGCUCCAAGUAUUGGGACAGUGGCACACUUUGUUGUUGUGUUGGCUCUGUACUCCAGCACUUUGGAUUUGAAAUGAUACAAUGAGGUUAAAGUGCAGACUGUCUGCAUUCAUUUGAGGGUAUUUUCCUCCACAUCGGGUGAACCGCUUAGAAAUUACCACACUUUUUGUACAUAGGCCCCUGCAUAUUUUAGGGGACUAAGUGAAUUUGUUCCAAAACUUUUGGAGGUGUAUUAAAGUUUUGUAUUUGGUCCCAUAUUCCUAGCACACAAUGAUUACAUCAAGCUUGUGACUCUAUAAACUUGUUGGAUGCAUUUGCUGUUGGUUUUGGUUGUUUCAGAUUUUGUGCCAAAUAGAAAUGAAUGGUAAAUAAUGUAUUGUCAUUUUUAGAGUCACUUUUAUCGUAUAUAAGGAAUAGAAUGUUUUUAAACACUUCUAUAUUAAUGUGUAUGCUACCACGAUUAUGGAUAGUCCUUAAUGAAUUACCAAAAGUGCUGUAAUUUCUAAACUAUUCUCCCGAUUUUUAAUAAUGAAAAUACCCUCAAAUUUAAGCUGUCUUUUUUUUUUAAAUCCAAAAUGCUGGAGUACAGAGCCAAAACAACAUGUCGCUGUCCCAAUACAUUUGGAGCUUCACUGUAGUUUAACACUGUACAGGAUUGUUAUUUCAUGAAGUAUUUGUUAACGCUUUUAAGUUUGUUUUUCCAUUGUUUCUGCUGCUUUUGACACCCUUCUGUGUUUGCAAACAUUGGCGCACGAGGCGACGCUGCAAGUUGGUAGCGGAACACGGGACUUCUUACAGAGCAUGCUGCUUAAGAGUGCAUAUCACACUACUUUUGGAGUAUAGUUGGAUUUUAAGGCUCGUAAUAAUGUCCUGUUUAAUAUGUUUGUCAUCGCAAAUCAACUGUAUUACACUUCAACCAGUAAAAUGGCUCUUUGGCUAGCUUUUGCUACAGCCUAUAUCUAUGAGCGUUAGCAUUCUAGCUAACUGCUACAUUCAAAAUAGUUAUUUUGCAAAGAUCACAAGCAAAUAUCAUCUUAACUACUGUUCAAGCAAAUGUCAAAACAUCCAUUGUAAGCGUAUGAGAACCUAAAUGUAUUUUGUUUAGAACUAAUAAAAACGUAAAUUCAGGCAGAUGGCUUUCUUACUCCUGCCAAGAGUCGUACGUGACGUCAGUGUGUCGUGUACUGGAAAAGGGUCUAUUGUCCCCAUUGCCAUGUAUUGUUUUUAGACGUUUCUUUUUUCAUUUUUUUUAAGGGACUUGUAUGUCUGCAAGAUAUCUGUAAAGUAUCACUUUCACAGGCAAUAAGAAAGACUUUUAACAUCAAACAAUUAAACUUACUUGGGAAAUGUGUUUGAACUCAACCUCAAUCUAUGAGAAUAUGGAAUAGCUACGUGUUCACGUUAUGCAAAACACACUUCUUAAAUUUGUCUUGUAUCUGAUGUGUCUAACUUUUGUCUGGUGUCCAAAGAUAAAGAAAAAGGAAGGCUUUGAACAAAAUCUUUUUAAAAGCACAUUUUCCAUGACGAAUGCUGCUUUCUUUGAUACUGAUGAUGAUCCUAAUUUCUAGCAAUUUUAUUUUUUUGUCGGGAAAAAUGUACAAUGUUGAACAUGUACAGCAAUAUUUAAUGUAUUGAACCAGAUUUGUUAAUACCGGUAGGCCAGUUUCCAUGUGCAGUCUUACAUCAUGUCAGUAUGGACGCAGGCCACCAAGAGGAGGGUAGAGCUAGGCAUCACAUCUCAAUGGAGAAAUUCUUUAUUUCAGAAGCUCUGCGAUCAGGUUUCUACAUUUCCAACUGAAUAUGAUCUGUGUUUGGAAUGUACAAGCUGUUUUGUUUACUGGGUGCAUAUAUGUUGGUAUAACACCCUAUUGUGGAGUGAAAGUAUCAUGGCUUUAAACUUCUAGUUUGAUUAACUUGCAUUAAUGACAGAUAUUUUGCGCUACAUUGUAUAGUCACAAAAUUUGUCCAAGUUUUCGUGGCUCGAUUUCCUUUUUUAUUAGUAUUUUAUUGAAUCUGUUUGCAUGUGUUAGUAUUUUCUAAUGACAUUUGUAGGCCCCUGUCAACCAAAACUGUAUGUAUAAUGUUUUUAUUUUUAUGUACUCUAAAUUGGGAAAUGGUCUGCACAAAGUUUUGUAUGUCUAAUACAAUUAAAUGUGUAUGUAUUAUUGUGUACAUUUUUAAUAAAUGUUUAAUGCAUUCAAA